CAGACCAUGAGACGGUUUCUUCUUAUAAGUCUAAAAUGGAUUUCAAUUUCAGGUUCCUUUUUCCAAUCCUCUCACUUUUUUACACAGUGAAAUGCCAAAUUGACAUGCCUCACAAGACGUUCUUCAAGCAUUCGAACAUCACCUUUUCAUGCAUUGGUGACGGGGAGUUAACGUGGCACUUAUCUCCGGAACUCGUUGCAAGAAAUAUUACGACUGCCACUGGCACCUAUCGACACCAUAUAACUUUCAAAGACAAUCCUCGGCGGUCUAUCUUUUCCAUCAUUGAUGCCUGGACCGAGGACAUGGGCACAUACUCAUGUUACGAAAAUGGCAGUUUUAAAAAUUCAACUCUUAUUUUGGUACAUCCAUUCAGAUACGAUGUGACAUUGUAUGUUGACGAGUUUAGUAGGAACGUUCAUCUAACAGGGAAUAUUCCCCCCAGUUUAAAAUGGUUUGUAAGAGUAAUCCCAAGUGAAGCUGAGGUCGAUUGGUUUCUGCCAUCGGGGGAAUUAGCUUCAGAAGAAAAAGGAUACUUUAUUAAAAAUGAAGAAGGACCAAAUAACAUAUUUUUUAAAACCCUUGUUUUAAUAAAUCCAGACGAUUCUGACGAAGGAAUUCAUCGCAUUGUGGCCAGUGCAGAUGGAGGCCAAGCUGAGCUCAAUCUCACGCUAAAAAUUGACGCCAAGCCGAAAGUAGAAAUAACGCAUCCCGUGGCAUACUGCCUUCCAAGCCCAAGCAGGCAGUGCGGAAUCAGCUGCAAGGUCAGAGCUGGACGGAAGUCAAAUUUUACUUCUGAUUUUGAAUGCCUUAGCCAAGCUUGCGACAACGCUAGCCAAAAACAUCAAAAUAAAAUAAAAAAAUUAUGGACGACAAAAGCCUACUCCUUUUACUACUUAAAUACAAACGUGACCGGAAAACUCACUUGCAAGGCUUGCAAUUCAAAUGGUUGUGACUCCAAUUCGUCAGUCACUGUCAUAACCAACGUAAUACACGGAAACAAAAUUGAUGCGAAUUCCGAAAUAGUGUAUGAGGGUGACGAUGUAAGAAUUUUGUGUUACGUUCCAAAGUAUCCAUGCAAAAGGAAGUGGAAAUGGUCGUACCAGAGACACGAUAAACUUGAAACUGAACUUCUCCCUGAGAGUCCUGAGACAUCAAAUUGGCAAAUUUUUAAUUUCGAAGACGAUUAUUCUUACAUCAGUGAGGCCAAUAAAAGUAAUGUAAACAACUCUAUCGAUUUUGGAAAUUACAGCUGCAAAGCAGAGUGCGAAAAUGAUGGAGGUCAAUUGAUUCAACAAUCAUACAACCUUGACCCACAAAAAGUAAUUUCACCCAAAUUUUUGAAAUCCAGUCUUUAUGAAGAUUUAUCUGUGAGUGAAGGACUUACAAUAGAGUUGGAUUGUACGGUGGAAGCAUAUCCUCCGCCAGUGGUUCACUGGUUCCAUAACGCACGGUCAGAGCCACUGACAGAAAAUGAUAGUUCAAGAUUUUCAUUUCCAUCAGAAGGAAUGCAUCUUAAAAUAUCACAAGUCAAGGAAUCCGAUUAUGGAAUUUACGAAUGCCAAGUGCACGGAUGGAAAACAAAUCAUUACAUAUUUAAACGAUUCAAACUUACAGAAAAAAGUCCUUGGAAACUUUUAAUUUAUUUGACCCCGGUCAUAAUUUUCCUUUUUCUUCUAGUAAUUUUUCUUUUGUGCGUGGUCCGAAAGCAAAAGUUAAAAGUUAACAAACUGACAAAUCAGGAAGUCCAGCUAUUUUUGGAGGGUGCGACGGAGUACAUAGACCAUAAUGUGGCCCUUGAUCAGCAGGCAGACCUUUUGCCGUACAAUCAAAACUACGAAUUUCCUAGAGAGCACCUCAAACUAGGUAAAAAACUUGGAAGUGGCGCUUUUGGUAUGGUUGUUCUCGCGGAAGCAAAUGCCCCAUUGUGUGGGGCGACAAUCGGCUUGGCAGGGAAAAUAAGGAAUAUUAACAAACCAAAAGGACCUACGGUGGUUGCUGUAAAAAUGGUCAAACCAAACGCCGAGCUCUCCCACAUUAAGGCGUUAAUGAAAGAGCUAAAAAUUUUGAUGCACCUCGGGAAGCACCUGAAUGUAGUCAACUUGCUUGGUGCCUGCACUGUGAAUUUGAGCAACAAGGAAUUAUUGGUCAUCGUGGAGUAUUGUCCUUACGGAAAUCUACAUUCGUAUCUUCUGCUGCAAAGAGAUAAUUUUGUGGAUCAGAUCGACCACCUGAAGGAUACUCUUGAUUUUGCAAUAGGCGAGGAAGACGAAGAACAGAUUGAACAAAUUCGACCAGCGCGUGUAACUACCAAAGACUUGGUUUGCUGGAGUUAUCAACUGGCACAAGGCAUGCAGUACCUCGCAUCCAAAAAGAUUGUGCAUGCUGACUUGGCCGCGAGAAACAUCCUACUGGCCGAGUAUAACGUGGUCAAAAUUUGUGACUUUGGUCUCUCCCGAAAUUUGUAUAAUGACGUCAACUACCUCAAAAAGGGAGAUGAUCCUCUUCCGCUCAAGUGGAUGGCAAUUGAAUCAAUCAAUCACCGAAUUUUUUCAUCUCGAUCAGACGUGUGGUCUUUUGGGAUCGUGCUCUGGGAAUUUUUCUCUCUAGCCAUUACACCCUAUCCAGGCAUUACCGUGGACACACAAUUUGUGCAGACGCUUUGUGAUGGGUACCGAAUGGACAAGCCCCAACACGCAACAUCAUCUAUAUAUCGGAUCAUGCUGAGCUGCUGGGAAGGAGCUCCUGCAAAAAGGCCUGAUUUUGAGGAGCUGGUCAAAAUAUUUGGCGAAAUAUUAGACGACAAUUUUAAAAGAUACUACGUUGACCUGAGUGAUCCUUACGUGAAAAUGGACAAUCAGCAAAAUAAUUUUUACUAUCAAGAUUUGCCCUUUUCUUCACCGACUAAACCUGAAGAGGAAUUAUUUGAAGGCUACCUCAAAAUGAAUCCAAUAAAAAGUAAAAAGAACUAACGGAAACCGAGGUUAAUUGUACAAUAAUAUCCUUGUGUGCGCGAAAAAAAUGAUAAAUGAAUAAAUAAAAUAGCUAUAUAAAAAGCUUUACAAUUUUUGCACCAAUAUUGCACAAUGCAUUCAUGGAUGUGGUUAUUUCAUAAUAAUGUUUAUUUUUUAUUUUUUCUGUAUUGGUAUUUUCAAUUAAUGUACCUAAUAAAAAGACA